GAGCCUCAGACUUGAUUCGAGACGUGGCGCUGGCAACCUCCCAGUUCUGGGGCGCAACAAAAUCUGCACCGCUGAACUGGGAUCUGGCACAGCGCAAUGGUUGGCACAAAGUGCCUUCGCUCUGCGCCGGUCUCCCUCACUUCGCAGCAGGCUUUAUGCGAAACUGGGGCCGGGACACCUUCAUCGCACUGAAGGGGUGCCUGCUGGUCACGGGGCACUUUCAGGAGGCUCGGGACACUCUUCUGGUCUAUGCAAGCGUCAUUCGCCAUGGCCUGUGUCCUAACCUCCUGGAUGCGGCCAACCGCCCGCGCUACAAUGCUCGAGACGCGACCUGGUUCUUUAUGCAGGCAAUUCAGGAUUACGUGGCGGAGUCACCGGAGGGCGAGAGCUUCCUUGCCGCCCCAGUCAGCUUAAAGUGGCCUGCGAAGGACUGGGAUCCAGAUCUUGCCCACAUGGAGGUGAAGACGAUCGCCGACCUAAUCCAUUUGAUCUUCUCAGCGCAUGCGAAGGGCAUCAACUUCCGCGAGUGGGGUGCAGGACGAGGUCCCGAUGCUGGAAAAGGAAUCGAUGAUGACAUGAGCGAGUGGGGCUUCGAUGUCAGCGUAAGGCUUGACGAGAAGACCGGCUUUAUCUUCGGAGGGAGCGAGCACAACUGCGGCACGUGGAUGGAUAAGAUGGGCUCUUCGGCCAAGGCCGGCAACAAAGGGAAACCUGCCACACCUCGUGACGGAGCAGCGGUGGAAAUUGUUGGUCUCCUCAAAUCAGCUCUUCGGUGGCUCUCUAGCUUGAGCAGAGAUGUCUUCCCCCAUGAGCAGGUGAAGACUGCCUCCGGUCAGCCGCUGAAAUACAAAGACUGGGAUAGCAGGCUCUCAGAAAACUUCGAACGCCUGUUCUGGAUUAGCCCGGAUGAGAAAACAAGCGCACCGGUGGCUGGUAUCUACCGCGACACGGUCGGAGCCACGCGCAAGUGGCAAGAUUACCAGCUUCGACCGAACUUUUGCAUCGCUAUGACGGUGGCACCAGAGCUUUUCGUGCCUGAGCAUGCCAACACUGCGCUGCAGGUUGUUGCGAGCCGACUGGUUGGGCCCCUUGGCAUGUGCACGCUGGACCCUGCCGACAAGGAGUACCAUGGAGACUAUCACAACGACAACGACUCGAGUGACCAGUCGAUCGCCCAUGGCUGGAAUUACCAUCAAGGUCCUGAGUGGGUGUGGCCACUAGGAUUCUUCCUCGAGGCAGGAAGUCCAUGGCUUCUUGAUGUUUUUUGUUUUUAA